GUGGGCUGCUGCCGCGGUGCUGUCGGGCUGCUCUGCAGGCGCCGGCCCCUGACGCGUCCCGCCCCGCCGUUCCGGUCCUUUAUCCUCCUGCGAGGCGUCGCCGGGGCCCCUCCACCCGGCCCCGCUCUCCUGUCGGCAGUGAACGAGCGUGACACGAUGGUGUGCAUUCCCUGUAUCGUCAUUCCGGUGCUGCUCUGGGUCUACAAAAAGUUCCUGGAGCCAUACAUCUACCCUCUGGUGUCCCCUGUGGUUAGUCGAAUAUGGACUCGGAAAGAAAAACCACAGGUCAAUGACAAAGGCAAAGGGGAUUAUAAGGGUGCAGCUACAAACGAAUUACCAGCAAAGGGACCAACAGAAAUCUGUGAUAAAAAGAAAUAUUAAAGGAGUUUCCCCAGCGGGCAUCAUUUUUAAAAUGGAACUGAUUAUCUGAAGCACCAUUUUGUAAUUGUCUCUUUUUUUCCCUGAGACCAGAAUUUGGGGUAGAGUAACUAUGCACCUAAUAUGUAGUAUUUAUAUUUAAGAUGUACUUCAUUAUAUUUAAUGACCUCAUUCCAAGUUCUUUUUUUUUUUCUUCAUUAAAAUUAGCUUUCAUUUCUAUCACUACACAGUUUUUUUUUCCCUUUAAUACUAUUGCUUGCCAGCUAACGCUUCCAUUAAUCUAGUUAGUAUUGAACUAGUUUCCCAGAAUCAUUAGGACCUCCAGUAAUGGCCAUCCCCUCCUCACGGGCAGCACGCUAAACUGGAGACUUGGAGACUGCGUCCUCAACCUGCGUCCUCAACCUCUUUGUUGGUUAAGGUUGAGAGAGACUUGGAGCUGGAGCGAUAGCACAGUGGGUAGGGCAUUUGCCUUGCAUGCGGCUGACCCAGGUUUGAUUCCCAGCAUCCCAUAUGGUCCCCUGAGCACUGCCAGGAGUGAUUCCUGAGUGCAGAGCCAGGAGUAACCCCUGUGCAUCGCCAGGUGUGACCCAAAAAGAAAAGAAAAAAAAAAGGUUGAGAGAAAGUGGACCUGUAAUCACGAAAGGCACCAUCUAUUUUUCGCUUCCUCAUAUUUGCAACUUUACGUAGAUUCAAGAACCUCACAGGUGCAAGGCCUUCGUGCCCUCUUAAGUUUAAGGGCCUUAAGAUAAGGAUCGUUUUCUUCUCUAUGUUCUGCCUUCAAAUUAUUAUCCUCUACUUCGAGAAAGGCUUUGAUCUCUGAAGCAGCUCCUGGAAGCAUGACUCCGUGAGGAAGUCCUUCGUUGAUGAACGCCUUCAUCGUCAUCUACGGCGUCAUCUCAGCAUAGGUAGCAACUCACGUGAUUUGUCCGAUGAGCGCCUUUCCAGUUGGUCCAGUAGAAGAAUGGUUUUCAAGCCCCAGCAAUCCUCUUACAAUAAAUGUAUCCAGUCCUGAAGAUGUUAAGCAAGCUGCAGCUUUUCUCUAAAAUCAAAUGAUGGACUGAUUUCUACAAUCGGUGGCUGAAGGCCUUGUUUUACAGUUGUAUACGUGGCACUGAACCUCUUAGUGAUCUGGGUUAUCGGAUUUUGCUGUGGCUUUCGGAUUAAAUGAGAAAGUAAGGCUACCGUUGACUUAAGUAUCGCAUUAGUCUCCCCUACCCUUGCAGUGAUGCCGUCAGGUGCCCAUCCAAGUUCUUUCCUUUUGUUAUUGGGCACUCCUCGGGAUGAAAGUAUCCAGGACCCAAAGGGAGAGCCUCCAAGAGUAUAGGAAGCAGGAAAUGAGGCUAACAAAAAAGUUAAUGGUGACAGCCACACUCUCUCCAAGUGUGUACUUGAUCAUCCUCUCUAUGUGGCGAACAGCCAAAGCUGCUGCAGCUAAAACCUCCCCUGGUGGCAGGGCCUGUGAUUCUCUUUGCAACAAUGUUCCCUAUUUCCUAAGAGGAUGUCAUUGUGUCCUCUAUCACUACAGUUUGCAAGAUUAUAAAUAAGUAGAAGAUUUGUGCCAGUAGAAAAUAUUAUUAAAUCAGAACUUGAAAACCCA